UGUAACAAUCUUUCCUCCAUGCUUGUAACCAUGGAGGAAACGUUGUAAAGUGUAAACUGACAAGUGUCACAAUUUUUUUAUAUCUGUUGUCACUUAUGUUAAAGAGAAAGAUGAAAUAUUUGUGUUAAAUUAUUACAAAGGGAGAGGGAUAAAAUAACUGUUGUUAUUGUUAAACUGAAGAAAAACUAAUUUUGCCAUGCUAUGGCUAGAUAUAACGGAAACAGUAUUUGUUAAUGUGAUUUUAUACUGUGAUGAACACAUGGAAUUUUACAUUGAUGGCCUAUACUAGAGAUAAAAAUGAAUAACAUAAACAAAAAAUAUGAAGACAUUCGUUGGUACCAUGGCAAAUUAACUAGGGAGGAAGCUGAAACUAUUUUGACACAAGAUGGUCGAAAUGGAUUAUUUCUUGUACGUGAAAGUAACUCCUCAACAGGCGACUACGUUCUAUCAGUCUUCCAUAAUGAUCAAGUUAACCACUAUCAAAUUAGAAGACACAUUGAUGAUGCCUUUUUUUCCAUAACUGAGUGCCUUAAGUUCCAUGGUUUAGAAAUUCUAAUAGAUUACUACACAAAAACUCCAGUAGCUGAAAAUGUUGUUUUAACAGACUACAUACCUAAAUAUCCACCUCCUCACGAUUCGAGGAGACAUGGACGCCGAAAUUUAUUGCACAGAGCCACUGAUCAUGGGAAUUACACUGUGGUUUCUGAAUUAUUAAAAACUGACUAUCCCCAUGAUGCUAAAAACCAAGAUGGACAAACUGCUGUACAUCUAGCUAGCAUAUCAGGACAAAAUGAUAUUUUAACUAAACUCAUAGAAUGUGGAGCUGGUGUUAAUUUGAGAGAUUCUGCUGGAUUUACUCCUUUGCAUUAUGCUUGUCAAAAUAAUUUUCCUGCAACAGCUAGACUUUUGGUUCAGCUUGGAAAUGCAAAUAUCCAAGCAAGAAAUACAGAAACUGGGUCGGUACCUUUACAUGAGGCUGCCAGUAGGGGCCACAAAGAAGUUGUGAAGGAGUUAUUGAGUUUAAAUGCCCCUGCAAGGCCUAGAAAUAAGGAGAAUAAGACACCUGCCCAAUUGGCUAGAUCAAACAAUCAUAAUGACUGUGCUGAAAUAUUGGAGAAAUAUAAAUAUACUGCUAAAAGAAGUGAUAGAAAUGGUUGGUAUCAUGGUACAUUAGAUAGACAAGAAGCUGAGACAACUAUUAAACAGCACAGUUCAAAAAGUGGUACCUAUCUAGUUAGAUUUAGUGACAGAAAUAAAGAAGAUGUAUUGACUUUAUUAAACGAUGACGGUUUUUAUAAUUUUAUUAUUCAUAAUAAGGAUGGAUAUUUAUUUAUCGAUGAUGGACCAUACUUAGAGUCCUUAGAACAUAUUGUAGAACAUUACAGCCUUAUGCCUGAUGGACUACCAACAGUAUUACAAUUUCCUGUGCCUCCAAAACCGAAGCCCCCUGUCCCUGAAUUUUCUACAAUGCCUAGACCCAACAAAAAGAAGAUUUCACCUAAAGUGGCGCCAAAACCUGUUCCUAAAGUUGAUGAACUCCAUAACAAGUACUACCCUAGUCAAUUCGCCAAUAUCUCAUUCACAGGCGAUUUUACAACAACAAAUAAUAACUACACAGAAAAUGAAAAUGAUUAUAUUCCAGCAGAACGUUUAACAAAAGGAAGGUUGAUUGGGGAAGGAGAAUUUGCAUCUGUAUAUGAAGGUAGUUACACAAAGAAAAAUGGAGAAUUAAUGAAAGUAGCAAUAAAAAUUCUUCACAAUGAACAAAUGGAAACCAACAGGGGUGCGUUUUUGUCUGAAGCUCAAGUCAUGGUUAAGUUAAACCACCACUGUAUUGUUAAACUGAUAGGUCUGUCCUUAGGACCUCCGCUGUUAAUGGUACAAGAACUUGUACUAUUGGGUUCUAUUUUACAAUACAUCGAUAUGAAUAAAGACAAGAUUAAUCCCAAUUAUGAAUUUAAAAUUUGGGCUGCCCAGAUCGCUUGUGGAAUGCAAUAUUUGGAAGAAAAUAGAUUUGUUCAUAGAGAUUUAGCUGCAAGAAAUAUUCUAUUAGCUAGCCAAGUACAAGCAAAAAUAAGUGAUUUUGGGUUGUCCAGGGCUUUAGGUACAGAUCAUGAAUAUUACAGGGCUUUAGCUGGAGGAAAAUGGCCUUUAAAGUGGUAUGCACCAGAGUCCUACAAUUACGGACAAUUUUCUCACAAAAGUGAUGUCUGGAGCUUUGGUGUUACCAUCUGGGAAAUGUAUGCCCUUGGAGCUUCUCCAUAUGGUGAAAAGAAGGGCUCUGAAGCAAUCAGUUUGAUAGAAGCAGGUGAUAGAUUGGAACAGCCAAAGGAAUGCCCGGACGAUAUUUACAAAAUGAUAAAACGCUGCUGGGAGUACAAAGCGGAAGACAGGCCAACUUUUAAUGAAUUAGUAGACUUCUUUACGUCAGACUCCGAGUAUAUGAAUAUUAGAGAGUUGUUACCAAAAGCAAAUCUUGCAUAGUAUGCCAAAAUUUUGUAAAAGGGGCUGUUGCAAUGACAUACAAUUAGACAAUAUGGGGUUUCAAGUCUAGCUUUUAUUUCAGUUUUGUUAUAAGGUUAAAAUAAGUUUUAAAAGUAGAAAUGUUAAAUAAUAAAUAUAAUUAUGACAAAAUCAUUUUAGCUUUAUAACAAUUCGAAUAGAAGCAAUGUAUAUUUUUAUAUCAUUCGAAUGCCAUGAACAAAGAAAUUUUAAUAUUUUUAUAUAUAUAUAAAAAAAAUGUAUAUUUUGACAAUAAUUUAGUGCCUUUAACCGUUAGUGUAUACUUUUAAACUUUUAGUUUGGAAACUGGGUAUAUAGCAUUAACAUUCCAUAUUUUAUUCCAAAAUAUAAGAGAUAUUCUUUUUUUAAAUCCUAAAAAGAACCAAUUAUCUGCUCAAACAUUCAAAUAGCAUUUAACUAUUGUGUUUUAAUGUUAAAACUUUUUUUGUAUAUUGUGUAAUUUUAUGUAUUUAUUUAUUAAUAUGAAAACCAAUGCAUUUAUACAAAGAUCUAGAUAAAUUUAUGUGUCAUAUAU